AUGGGUAAAAGUGAAUACUUGCAUAAUGUUGAGAAUGUUUCAAAUGAUAUUCUUCGAUUGCCCGCGACUUCUUUGGUUUGUAUCAGAUGUCAUACUGAAUGUACAUCGAUCACCACAAAGUUCAAGGUGCAAGUGCGGGUGCGGGUGCAGGAUGAGAGUGGUAGUGUUUCUUUUGUUAUGUUUGAUAGAGAUGUUCAGAAGCUUCUUGGAUUAGCGGCGAGUGACAUAAGAGAGAGGCAGGUUAAGGCCAAUGAUACUGGAUUCCCUCAUGAGAUAUUUCGAUUGGUUGAUAAGAAGGCUGCUUUUAAGAUUGAUGUUUCAGAGUUCAAUCUUAAAAAUGACUAUCGUGUUUAUACUGUGCAAAAAACAACUGAUGAUCCAAUAAUAAUUGCUCAGUUGGUUGGUGGAGAUGGUAAUGGUGAUGAAAAUACUAAGGAGGUUACUCAAGAGGUAGCUGAGGUUAAAGACGUUAACCUUUCAGACUCUUCUCAGGAUGUUGUCUCUGUUAAGGCCGACUCUUCAGUCGUUGAAGUUGAAAAGGAUUCUGGAUCAAGUCCCAAUGGAAAGCAGAUGGCUUAA